AUGAAGCCGRGUGUAUUGUCYACUAGGAUCAACUACCCYUGGYGCGAGGAGAAYACAAUCUGGCGAUAUGUCCACGGUAGGCAGUCGGACCACAACGUGCCCUGGAGUGAUGCAGACAUCGUGUACACCCCCAUGAACGUAGGCGGGAACCACUGGGUGAUGCUCGGGAUCGACCUUGUACAGGGCGACAUAACCGUAUGGGAUUCACUCCAAACGGCCACUCCACUGGAUGAACUUGAGAAGGAGUUGAAGCCCAUGUGUACAAUCCUACCUACGCUGCUGCAUCAUGGCGGGAUAUUUUCAGUUCGACCCGACUUGCCAGUGGUGCCGUGGAGGGUACGUCGGGUUCGCGUACCACAGCAGAGUAGCGUGACUGAUUGCGGGAUUUUCUAUGUCCGGUAUUUCGAGUACGAUGCCACUGGGUCAAAUAUGGACACUUUAACCCAAGAUAAUAUUGUAUAUUUUAGGCGUCAGUACGCUCAUCAUACAUGA